ACCGUUUCCACAGCGCCCCUGCACCCAAGUAAAAAUGCAUCGAUGCGUUCUACGCCUGUACUGCGCCUGCGCGAAGAAAGUUGCGUGUGAGUCAGCGCGAACUGCAAAUGUGACCAGGAUAUAGAAACACAAACAGCACUACAGAAGGAAAAGAAAUGCCGACCAUCGAGCUCAAUGGCAUCACCGUGGACUUUCCGUUUACACCAUAUCCAUGCCAAGAAGAUUAUAUGUCCAAGGUGAUUACGUGUCUACAGAAUAGAGUAAAUGGGGUGCUUGAGAGCCCCACGGGCACGGGGAAGACCCUGUGUCUGCUGUGUUCCACGCUGGCCUGGAGAGAUCAUUUUAAAGACACCAUUUCUGCAAGGAAGAUAUCCGAGAAGAUGGGCGGGGCGGAGCUUUUUCCUGACAGACCGAUGUCCUCUUGGGGCAACUCUGCCACAGACGGAGAAACGUCAGCGUAUUACACAGAUAUCCCGAAGAUAAUCUAUGCCUCCAGGACACAUUCACAGCUUACGCAGGUCAUUAAUGAGCUAAAGAACACCUCUUACAGGCCUAAAAUGUGUGUGCUGGGAUCAAGAGAGCAGCUCUGUAUCAACCCUGAGGUGAUGAAACAGACGAGUAAUCACGUGAAGAUCCACUCGUGCAGAGCGAAGGUGACGUCUCGCUCCUGUGUAUACUAUAACAAUGUUGAAGACAAAAGCACAGAGAAAGAACUUGUGAACACAAUUUUGGAUGUGGAAGAUUUAGUGAAAAAUGGCAACAAGCACAGAGUUUGCCCAUACUAUUUGUCUCGGUCACUGAAGCAGCAAGCAGACGUUAUCUUUAUGCCCUAUAACUAUCUGCUAGAUCCAAAGAGUCGAAGAGCGCACAACAUUGAGCUGAAGGGAGCUGUGGUCAUUUUUGAUGAAGCCCACAAUGUGGAGAAGACGUGCGAGGAGUCUGCCUCGUUCGACCUGACUCCUUAUGACAUCGCAACAGCAAUCGAAGCUGUGAACCGAGUGCUUUCAGAACAGGCCAGGAAGGUCGGGCAGAGUGAUGAAGAGUUUCACAUGGAAGCGGCUGUCUCAGGACUGAAAAUGGAUGUCGUUGAUAUAGCUAAAAUCAAAAUGAUUCUUCUGGAUCUUGAAGCUGCCAUUGACUCAAUUGAUCUACCUGCAAAUGGCAAAGGAGUAACUAAACCAGGAAGCUUUAUAUUUGAGCUUUUUAAAAAGGCGCAGCUGACAUUUGAAACAAAAUCUAGUGUCCUGGAAGCUGUGGAGAUGAUAACUGGGUUUCUGGCAGGAAGCGAUGGCAUUUUUAUAAACACAUUGGGAUUACAAAAGCUCUCGGAUAUUAUUCAGAUUGUUUUCAGCAGUGAUCCACCAGAUGGCAAUAUUGCUCUUGCCCUGGAGCAGAACAUUGGAAAGCAUUAUAAGGUACAUAUCCAACCAGAUAACAGCAAUCAGAAAAAGAAACAGAAUACUGAUAUAUGGUCAGCAUCUGCAACAAAAAAGCAAGGGAAAGUAUUGAGUUACUGGUGCUUCUCCCCUGGAUUUAGCAUGAAUGAGCUGGUACGCCAAGGAGUACGAUCCAUCAUCCUGACAAGCGGAACCCUCUCCCCACUCUCCUCUUUCACAUCCGAAAUGCAGAUUGAGUUUCCUGUUACCCUGGAAAACCCCCAUGUGAUUGAUAAACAUCAGAUCUUUGUAGGAAUUGUCCCUAAAGGGCCAGAUGGGAUCCAGCUGAGUUCAGCGUUUGACAAAAGGUUUACACCUGAUUACAUGGCAUCUCUGGGAAAGACUGUCACUAAUGUUGGACGUGUGGUACCGCAUGGGUUAUUGGUUUUCUUUUCUUCCUACCCUGUCAUGGAUAAAACUAUUGAGUACUGGAAGGAUAAUGGGCACAGUAGCCGAAUAGAAGACAUAAAGCCCAUGUUUGUGGAACCAAGAAAUAAAGGAGCCUUCACAGAGGUUAUGGACGGUUAUUAUGCAAAGGUCAGUGAUCCAAAAACAAAUGGAGCAAGCUUCUUUGCAGUGUGCAGAGGAAAGGCUAGUGAAGGGCUGGAUUUCUCAGACACAAAUGGCAGGGCGGUCAUCAUCACAGGUCUACCGUUUCCCCCUAGAAUGGACCCCAAAGUUAUUUUAAAGAUGCAGUUUCUGGAUGAAAUGCGAAGGAAAGCAACUGGUGGAGUAAAGUUUUUAUCAGGGCAGGAAUGGUACAGACAACAGGCCUCUCGAGCUGUGAAUCAGGCCAUAGGCAGAGUCAUCAGGCAUCGACAGGAUUUUGGAGCAAUAUUUCUCUGUGAUCACAGGUUUAUGAAUACCGAUGCUAGAGCACAGCUGCCAUCGUGGGUCCGUCCCUUUGUAAAAGUGUAUGACAACUUUGGGCACAUAAUCCGUGAUGUGUCCCAAUUUUUCAGAGUUGCUCAGAAAAUCAUGCCACCCCUCAAGAGCAAGUUUUCAGCCAACUGUGGUGCAGUUUGUUCAGCUGAAGAUGCAUCCAGUGGCUGCUCGUCGUCUGGUGGCUCAUUCUCAUCUGGUGGGAAUUCUUUUGUGAGGAAAGCCAAGAUGUUGGAUUCCCACGUGCCAAGUCUUAAAAAAAGACGGCUAGAUGGUGGUUUGCACUCCGACGGGGAUGGCAUGGCAAGUCUUUGUAUCGAGUAUGAAACUGAUAUGGAUUCGGUGCGAAGGAAGCCAGUGGGUCUGCUGGAUGCUCUGGAGCACAAUGAUAAAAAGCCAGGGCAAGAGACGGAAAAACUUGUAGGGGAAGAAAAGGCUGGGCGUCUGUCAACAUUGUCUCUGCAACAUGACAAGCGCAUGGAGGAUGAGCAGCGGGGAAGCAGAAAGAAAAUUAAACUGGUCCAUGAUUGGAAGAAGAAUGAAGUGCCAGCCUCUGAGCAGACCAAAGCUGAAAAGGCCAAGCUUUUCAUGGCUGCAGUAAGGAAGUCGCUGAGUCAGGCGAAUUCUGAUCACUUCACACAGGCAAUGCAGAAAUACAAGAAAACUGAUGACUUUGAAGCCAUGCUGGCUGACCUGGCCUCUCUCUUCACUGGGGAUCCAAAUAAGCAUUGCUUAUUAAGAGAUUUUUAUCAGUUUGUUCGUCCGCAUCACAAAAAGCAGUUUGAUGAGGCCUGUUGUGAACUGACUGGGGAGGGAUGUGGCUAUAAACCUGAACACUCUUUGUCCAAGGAGGAGAAAGAGAAAUUAAUGCAAACAGCAGAAAAAAAGACAAAGACAGAGAUACCUACUGCCUCUGCGAAUACAUUCAUUUCUGCAGCGAGUUCAUCCUCGCAGUUAAACACAAGUCAGCAACUAAACAAGGGGGGCUCCCACCUCAACACUGAAAAGUUAACCAGAGUGGAAUCCCACUUGCCAGUUCAGUUGGUUUCCAAGGAGAAGAAUAUGUCUGCACCACAGAAGCUAUAUCUUGAAGUGUACCUUGAGGAUGUGAAAAGGGCAUUGGGGCCCACCAAGUACAAACAGUUCUACAAGGCAAUACAGACAUAUAAAAGGACAGAUAAUUACGACAACAUGGUUUCUGAAACUGUAGGGCUUUUCACAGAAAAACCAGAGGACUUUCAGUUACUAAGAAGGUUUUCCAUGUUUGUUCGUCCUUACCACAAGCAACAGUUUAUUCAGAUGUCUAAAGAGUUGACAGGAACAGUGGAGGAGACUCGACAGGAUCAACAGAAAGGAAAACCAUCUUGCCAAGAUGACAGCAGUGCACACCCUGGAACAAGCUGUGAUCAGUCAGUAGUUUCAAAGACAGGCGAAGCUGUCAAAGCACAAAGCAAGAUCUCGUCGUUCUUUUUGAAAGGUGACAACACUAAAUGAGGAUCUGAAAACCUGCUCACACAGAAUGGAACAAACAGCAUCCAAACACACAUCAGGAAUUAAGUGUCCUCUCCCUAGGGUGUCACUUCUGAACUGGAGAACAGUUACACUUGAAAAUAACUAUCUUGGCUAGUUGCUUUAAUAGGUCCCCAGAAAUGCAACACAUUAACAAACAGAAUAUACAUAAUGUUUACUGGUGACCACUUUCAGUCCCAUACAACACCACUCGUGAACACCAUGACUUUUAUUAUACACUUCUACCAUUGUUUUGAAGUAAUAUACAUCCACAUAUGCUAUUGGACAGUGCCUUAAAUUAUAUUAAGUGGUUCCCAAUCUACUGUAUAUCAGUAUUUUAGCCAAUCAGAUAUCUGCCCCCUAGUCACAGUACCUGUAACCUACUAUCACAGUACAGGGAAUAACCAAUGCCUGCACAAAUUUGAAUUCCAUUUAAAUGAGCGGUUCCUAAGGUAUCAGAAUUUAGACCCGCAGGCAGAACGUAUGCAUGUGAUGCACUCAAGAACUUGAAGGGCCCAUAACUAGUUUUAUCCCAACUGAUUGAGUAGCUCCCCUGCUGUAUACCGGGGGGGGGGGGGUAGGGGGUUGGGGGUGGCCAGCCCUGUCCUGGAGAGCCACAGGGUCUUCUGGUUUUCAUUCCACCUGCGUUCUCAAUCACUUCAUUGAACCAAUUAUUUUCUUAAUCGUUCAACACACACUUUUUCUCUAGGUAUUUAGCCUUUGGCCAUUGAUGAUACCCAGAAAUGUAUGUGAAUAUCCCUGUGGGUUAUGUAUGUAUACACCAGUGUGUACAGUUUUGUAAAGAAAAAAAAGUUUACCUUUUUUUGAAUUUUAUCUUUUAAUAAAAUCUUUUUUUGCUUAAAA